AUGAGGAGGCACAAGCUGUCUGGCAGCCAGCCAGCCGGAAGGCACGAACACUGCAUCGAAGUCGCCAAUGCCUGCCAUGAUCGAGCGGUGUCUUCAUAUGGUUUGACCUCUGGCCGGGGGUUGCUCUGCCCAGACUGCACCACCACACUUUACACCCGUGGCAACCCUCGUCCCAUCUCUGAAGCGUCAUCACCAUCAUCGCCACCCCCGUACUCGCCGUUGGUGAAUCUCGUGAUGCCCCCGCGCGGGUGCCUAAGCAGGUCCAAUUGCACGGAAUCGUCUUGUUUCGAGCCACACCGAAACAAAACAAAAACCUACAUGCACCCCGGGAGCUCCGAUGCUAAUCGAGGCAGGACAUCAACGCGCACUGUUCCUGUCUGGCUAGCCACAUCUUGCCGUACACCAAGCAGAAGGGCGCUUUUGACCCCUUGCUUGCCCCACGUUUGUCGUCGUCGACGUCGUCGCCUCGCAGCCGCUGCACCUCGAAACAUUGCCGGUCCUGACGGGUCUCCUCGUGAAAGCAGAGAGUAUCCUGAGCUGCUCCGGUGCUCCGACUGGUCCGUCAACUGCAUCACUGGAAGCUACGCCGCGCCGUUUGACUUUACGUAGGUUCCCGCCGCGUAUAGCCGUAAGGCCCGGUCUCUUGCCGCAUUUCUCAUCUCGGGCCAGCGAGUAAACAUGCACAGGAGGAGGAGGGAUUACGAGCUAGUCCCGCCCCACGACGGGUGAAGCUGGUGUCCGAUGGCCGUUUGCAGAUUUAAGCAACGAUCCCCGAGCUGGCCGCUGCAUCCCUACCGGCUGUGGCGCGUCCGCACAUGUAGACGUGUAGGAUUCUCACCGCCAACACGCCAAGUGAGCAC